UUCCAAUCGGUCCACUCCUCUUUUCGAAAAUCCCAAAACACCCCGAUCCAGCCUUUAUUAUCCCCAACCCAUCCAUUGUACGAACCAAACAGUAUUCCUUAAGAAAAACCGAACCUUCCACAGUUCCCUGCUCUGCUCCCACGAUAUAACCAACACCUCCACCCCCCUUUCUCUCCUCACGACCAACCCAGAAGGAAGAUUUCUCUUCAGAAAGAGCUGACAAGAUUAAAGUGAUCGAAUGGGACUCAAGAAGAAUAGGUGGAUUUCCUUCAAGAAGCAGAGGGGGGAGACCUGGAGAUCGAAGUUCUUCUUUGGGUCUGCGUUCAAGUCUGCGUUCAGGUGGAAGAGGCUGAAUCUGAAGCUGUCUUUUGUGGACGACCUACUUUUCAGGAUUGCGUCCGUGUUCGAGGCUAUUGUUUUGGUUACCAGGCUGUGUUUCUUCUAUCUCUGUUGUGGCUGCCAUUUUUGAAUCUGUAUGGUUUUGUUCUCUGACAUCUGUGUGUUUGUGUGUCCAUUUGACUCUGAUUUCUGUUAAUAUAUGCAUUCUCUGUUUUGAGAGAUGGAACAUGGGGGUGUGGAUGCGAGAUGGGGGCUUGUUCGAUGCCAAAACUACCCAGAAUGGAUGGCUAAUGUAUAUUUUAAUGUUCAAAUGUAAUGUUCGAGAAGUUUUUGUUAAAAAAUAGUCUCAUGAAGUUGUCCGUUGUCUCUUCUAUUUAUAGUUUAUGCCCGUCGAUUUGGUUGUUUUC